AUGACGCCUGAUGAGAUCAUAGAGGCGGUGUUGCGACCAACCACCGUCCUGCAUACCGAUGACUACAGCCGUUUUGGAAAUCGGCUGAAGGAGAACGGAGAGACUUUGAAGCCUUUAAUGGUCUUGAUCAAGAUGGUGCGCUCGCACCAGAUGUACAAGCCGCUUGCAGACGUGGCGACGGCUGCACGUGUGGAAGACCUGAAGCUGACUUGCGAGGACUUCAUGCUUGCAUCUGCCAAGCUGGUGCAGCGCUCGAAGCUUGAGUCCCUCAGCGCUUCAAAGGAUGCUGUGGCUUGCAAGAAGACCGCAAAAUACCUCGGCCCUGUCCAGGGCAGGGUGCGCCCAAACUUCGGCGCUCACGUGAAGGGAGCAGUCGCUGCAAGGUGUACGUGGUGCGGCGAGUCGCAUUGUUUGGGGGAGUGCAUUGCCAAUGGGCAGAAGUGGAAGUGCAAAGGUUGCUAUUCGACGGAAAGAUGGUUACAAAGCAGUUACAAGUCAACCAACCGAAGCCACCAGUGGACGUCGAUGUCGAUGGAUGAGCGUCGCCAGGAAAUCCUCAAGAACCGCUCCAGCCAUGGACAAAGAGGCACCAAACGCCAGUUUGUGGCACGAGAAGAGGCGAGCGUGGUUGACUCCGUGGGCUCAAGGGCGAGCACGCCUUACUUGAACAAAGUACAGUUCAAGAGACUUGGCACCAAGCGCUGGGCCUGGAGUGCUGCCACAGCGGAGGCCAAGUGGAGAGACGCCUUAAAUGACGCAAGGGUGCCGAAGAGCAAAGACGAGGAAGGCUGGAUUACUGUAGCUAAGUACAGUGCUGCAUCCUUGGAAAGUGGAAGGACAUUGAACCAUUCCCGCGGAUUGGUGAAAACCGACGACAUCCAGAACGUCGGCCAGCUGAACAGCGACACAGGCCUUUUCAACUUGAGCGAUCUCCCGAGCCUUCCUGGACUGCAGAACAUGCAAGCCAAGAGCGGCAUGGCCAAGAAGCGCGCAAAGAAGAUGAAGGCGGACAACGGCUCAAAUCCUCCUCCCUUGCAAGAUGACAACGUGGGCAAAGCCCAAAACAACCUGAAGGUGAAGAAUGUGAGGUCGACCAUGCCGAAAGUCGCUUCCGCCGUGGCGGUGGCCGAGCAGACGCUCGACAAGUUGACCGCGUCUUUCGUUGACGUUUGUGCAUUUAGCCCAGCGCUGCUGAAGGAAUCCGAGGAAUGCACUGACAAGGAUUUCUUGGAGAGGUUUGAGGAGGACAUUGCUGAUGCGGAGGGGCGCUUGUCGCCAACAGCUGAACACGUCAAGCAAAGAGUUGUGAGUCACGGUUCAGACGACGUGCCUCAGAAGAAGGAGAUUGUCAAGUACUCGCAGUGUCACAAGUCCCUGAUGCAAGCUUGUACCAAACUCCAGCAGUCUUUGGUCAAGCAGUCUGCCUCUGUACAGAACAAGCGUGCGCGGGACAAGAAGGCUGACGCACGGAAGCUGGCCAAUGAAAAGAAGCUAGAAGUGCAGCGGUGCGCGGCACUUGAGGAUGAGCAGCAAGGCAUCCGAGGCUUGCCAUGCUUCGAGCACGUGCCAGACCUGGAGUCGGCUCCUGCUGAAUCCAGCAAACCGCAUCUAGACUUGGACGGAGUGGAUUCCAUCGACAUCAGCGGGGAGGAGUUCUCGUGCUGUACAGUGGCCGCACCGGACAGCCAGGGAGUGUUCCUUCCUCUGGUUGAGAUCCAGAAAGCAGAGCAAGAAGCCACAGCCACAGCCGAGGAAGAGUCCGAGGCAGCCUCUGCCUCUGCAUCUAAGGCUGCUGCGAAACAGACGUGGCACAAGUUGGAUUUCGAGGAGUGGGACCAGUGGCUGGACGCUCGAGUGUCGAAUGGUUCGGCCGCCGUGUUGCUCGACAAGAUGAAUUGGGCGACAAAGAAGUACCUGAUGUUGCCAGAGCAUCGCUGCAAAGCCCUCGACAAUGCUUUGUCAGCAACGGUGCAUCUGUGCCCCAGCGAAUCACUUUACAUCGGUUUGACCCCGAUGGGCUGGCCUCAUCUGCAACUUCAGCUGCAAGGGCGUCGAUAUGUGUUUGCUGUGCCUGUCAAUGAUCUGAGCAAGUUGUAUUCGGAGCAACAGAACGAACAGCCUGGUGACUUGGUGGAGCUUUGCAACUUUCUCCGGGGGCUCAGCAAAGACGAAAUUCAACAGGCCAAUGGGGCUUGGUGUGUUCUUCAGCCCAACAUGGCCGUCUUCAUUCCUGCAGGUUGGGCAUUUGUUGCCGGCGACACCAAGGGUUCGGCUUCGGUGCACAUGCCUUUCGCCACGGCCAACCACCUCCUCGCAAUGAGUCCAGAGAAGAUGCAGGAAGCCAUGCGGCUAACCAGCGAGACCGCUGCCAUGAGGGCGUUGAACAAGAGUUUGCGGGACGGUAUGCUUCUGAGGGACAGGAUAGCAGGAGCAGCAGGCUUGCAACAGCCAUUGCCAUUGCAGCCCUUGCAAGCAGGCGAUAGCGCACCCAAAGACCGCGACAUCAAAAAGCGCAAAUCCGAGCCAGAGACGCCGAAAUCCGAUCGCAAAAAGGUGCCGGCCGGGCUGGAGGAGUUGGCCCCAACAGCGGCAGAGGAUAUGGACGUGCAGAACAUGUUGGAUGAGAUAGACGCCCCAGAUGCGGACAUGGCAGCUGCGAGUGCCGAGACGCAGAAAAGCAAGGAUGUCGAAUUGAGAGGGGAAGCGGAGCACGGCUCUUCCGAAGCAGCGAUUGCGACUGCAUCGACGAUUGGCGACAUGCCGAAGGAUCCAGCAGAGGAGGACACCGAGAUGAAAGAGGCCAUCGGCCGGAUGUGGCUUUCCUGGCUUUCCUUCACGGUUCGCGGCAAGCGGUGGCACAAUAGCACAGCACAGCUCUACAUUUCUCGCGUCCAUGGAGGAGGCAGGCAGUUCCAGAACCGCUUGAAGAAGAACAUGCAGAGGCUGGUCAGUCGGCGCAAGCAGAUGCAGUGGAAUGCCCCGUUGCUGCUCAGGAGGUUGGCGGUGCUCAAGCCUGCGCACCGGCUGUCUGAGAACGGGCAGCUGAUGUUGCACAGUGCGACCGCGAUGUCGUGCAUCAUGGCGGCACUGGAGACACCAGGCCAAGGCGAGAUUGGGAAGGCCAGCGCGGCCGCCACCAAUGUCAAGUCCGAGGGCCACGCCGAAGACACCUCGGCCCUCAUCGAGGCAGCUCAUGUCUUCGGUGAUGGUGAAGUCAUUGACCUGAUGUCUGAUGCCGAGGUAAUCGAUGACGACGACGAUGAAAAGGAUGCAGAAGACAACCUCCGGGCAUCGACGUCGAUUCCGCCGAUCCCCGAUCCCGGUCAAGGCGGCGUCGCUGAAGCGACGCGUCAGUCUGCCGUUUUCUGCUUUUAA